AUGGGGACCAUGCCGUUUCCCAUGAUGUUUCCGCCGUUUUGGUCUUGGCCCAUGCAAACGCCGGGCGAUAUGUCAGGUCGACCGACAGGCGCCCCCGCACCGGCUCCACAGCGCAAACGUGUGGCCCGUAGCCGUAGCAGAAGCCCUGCGCAGGGCAGUUGCAACGACUCUGUCUUGGUGAGACGCAACUUGAUGGGCCGGGUCAUCGGCAAGGGUGGCAGCAUCAUCAAGACGAUUCGACAAGAGAGCGGCGCGCGUGUCGAAGCAGAGGACCGCGAUGAAGAUCACUGUGAGUUCCGGAUCAGCGGCACCGAGGAACAGGUGCAGCGUGCAAAAGAAAUGAUCCGAGAACAAGCAGAUCGGGCGAUCAGAUUGAGGCGAGAUGGAUGGGGUAUUUCGCCUCCGCAGGACCACUAUGAGAUCCUGAAAAUCAGCCGAUCUGCGAACGCACAGCAAAUACGCCAGGCAUACAGGCAGCGCGCAUUGGAAACGCACCCGGACCGACUGGUUUUGCGCCUGUGUCGACAACCGACUCCCGUGGAAGCAGCAGAAGCUGUUGCACUCUAUCAGCAGAUCGUUGAGGCCUUUGAGCUUCUGGCCGACAGCGAUGCUCGCCGCAUCUACGACGUGGAGCUGGGUGGCAGCCAUGGUUCGGGCAGCUGGGAAGAAGAGCACGGCGGAGAUCAGAAAGCAGGGUACGAAGCAGAGGCGCAGCUCUUGCUGCACGGCUACCUCUUCCACUGGCAAGAGAUCUCCUUGGCGCAGCCCAGCCAGACGCUGAUUGCCCUGCGCAACCUGCUCUCCGCUGGCGCGGGAGAUGCGCAGGAAGAUUCCCGGGGGACCACCAAAGAGAACCUGGAUCCCUGCAUGUUUGCCAGACCUCGAGGCUAUUGGGUACAGAUGAGUUGGAGCACUUUGACGGUUGUGACCACAGCAACGACGUCCUUGGCGCAGGCCUUGUCGUGGAGAGCCUCCCUGACAGCUAUGCGGCAUGAAGCCAAGCGCCGACUGCAGCGCAGCAAGGCCGACGGAGAAACUGGGCGGGUCCCGCUGUUGGACUCCGAGCUGAAGGCCUUGUUGGAGAUGCAGCCGGAUAUCAGGCUCAUGUUCCGCUACCAAGUGCCCUUCAAGAAGAUCGAGGGGGGCGAGCGCAUUCCCUGCCGGCUGACGCUCUUCACCCCACGCCUGGAGCUGGCUACCCAGAUGCGCGACGAGAUGAGUGCGGUGACCAGCAAGCGGAAGCUCGAGGAGGUGGUGGCCAGCUACAAAAAUACCGUGGCAUGGGAGAAGAAAAAGGCGAAGCAAUACUUCGACAAAGUCCUCCAAGAGAUCAACAAGACGCUGGCCGCCCGCCUGUUGAAUGCAGAGGAUCAGCUCCAAAAGUGUUCGGCACGGGGCGCGCUUGGUUCCGAGGUCCAUCAGAGAUUCUGUUCUACUUUGGGCCUUGAAUCGUCUGCACAAAUCAGAUCAGCUAUCGCGAACUUGCAACAGGUGCCGAUCCCUGAGCGCAGCCGCCGGGUGAAGGCACUGUUGGCCAAAGCCAAGGCACUCCCAGCGCCGCCUCCAGCAGUGCUCCCCGUGGCACCGGCCACUGCACGGCGCAGCCGCCGUGGGCGAACGUGGACUGGGGGCCUGCUGCCGCGGGAAACUAUGGCGACGAUCGUUUCGGGGCUGCCCUUCUUCGACUUGGCCCAAUGCCGGCCGGCCUCAAAGGGGAUGCUGUCGGUGAGCCAUGACUGCUAUUGGCGCUGUCGCGAGAUGAGUCUCCCGUUGGAUCCCAGCGUUUUGGGUGGCUUCAGAAGGAACCGCGCUGGCAGGAUCUACUACAAGACAGAUGCCCUGACGGUCACAUUGAGGUUUGUGGCGCAGCCCAAAGUCAUCAGCACGGUGGAACGGCUGAACUUGGAAAACAUGACUGGACAGGAUGUUGGUGAACGCCUCUUUGGCUGCCUGAAACAGAUCAAACAUUUGCAAUUCGUCCUGCUCCCGGCACAGUCGUCGAAGGGUUUCCCCGAUGACCCGCCACGGCGCCAAUGCUCCGCAUGCGUUGAGAGCGAGAUUGCUGCCAGCUUGGAAUAUCCCGCCAGCAUCAUCGGUGCUUUGAUCGGCUCCCGUGGAGCCAAGAUCAACGAGGUGCGGACGGCGAGCGGCGCAAAGAUUCAGGUGAAGAAACAUCAGGAGAUGUGCAAAGUGCUCAUUGCCGGCAGCGACGAGCAAGUGGCCUCUGCGAGGGAGCUGGUGGAGUUCCUAGCAGAUGAAGCACGGCAGAUCACUGAACUGCCCAAGACAGGUGAAGAGGAUGAGCGCUUGGAAUUCCCCAUCGCGGUCUGUGGCCGCAUCAUCGGCUCGAAAGGACACCAAAUUUCUGAGGUACGAUCCAAAAGUGGAGCCCAGGUGAAGAUUGAAAAGUUGGAGGAAGUUUGUCGCGUCUAUUUGGGUGGCAAGCCGGAUCAGGUAGAAACGGCCAAAAAGAUGAUCAACAGUCUGGUCGAGGACAAGCACCCGCCGCCUGCUCGGCGAACGGAACGAACGGAGCGGCCUGAGGUCCGGCUGACAGAAGCGGAAGAGACGGUUGACAUUCCAUUCUCCAUGGUGGGCCGGGUGAUUGGCAAAGGCGGGGAGACAGUGCAACGGCUACAGAGAGAGAGUGGGGCGAAGAUCGACGUCAACAAUCAGCUCGAUCCCUCGCCGGUGCGUUUGAUUGGCUCUCCGGACGCCAUCAUCAGGGCGAAGUACUUACUUCGAGAGAUCUUGGAUCGCGCAGGGCAACCACCUGAGUGGAGGGUGCAGCCGCUACCGCAGGCCACAUAUCCUGGCUAUGACGCCUGGGCCAUGUGGUCCCAACGCGCAGGCUAUGGACUGCCACCUGGGAUGCCCGGAAUGCCGAUGUCCAUGACCUGGGAUGUCCCUGCAGGGGACGGCGGUGGCGCUCGGAGUAGCAAGCGACCUGGGUCCAAAUCCGGGUCCGACGAAGAGAUCGAUUUGGACGAGCUCUAA